GUUUCCUUCCGUGUCAGGGCCGAAAGGCCGGAAGACCGGGAGGCGUUGCCUUGGUAACGUACCUAGCCGAGCCGCAAUAUGGCUGGGACUGGCUGGCUGGAGAGGUUGCGUGCGGCUCGCAAGACCGCCCUACUCGCCGAUGGUAAACGAAAAAUCCAUUACUUGUUUGAGGAUGGAAAGGAGAUGGCAGAAGAGUAUGACCUGAAAACACACCAGCUACUCUUGAGAAAAUGGAGAGAGAAGAAUGCCCUAGGUGCACAUGGCAAUUGGGAGGUUGAAGUGGGAGAACCCACAAUUCUUCCAGCAGGAGCUCUGGACCGUGAGUUCAUAAAGGAGAGCAAUACCAAUCCUGUCUUUAUGCGAAAAGACACCAAAAGCAGUUUCCAGUGGCGGAUCCGAAACCUGCCCUAUCCUAAGGAUGUCUACAGUGUUUCAGUAGAAAAGGAUCAACGUUGCUGUGUGGUCCACACAACAAAUAAGAAAUACUACAAAAAAUUCACUAUUCCUGAUUUGGACAGAUUCCAACUGCCUUUGGACAGCACAGCUUUGAGUUUUACUCAUGCCAACAAUACAUUGAUCAUCACAUAUCAAAAGCCAACAGAAAUACUAGCUGCAGAAGAGGAGCUACUAAAAGAACUAAAGAAGAUCAAAGCUGCUAAUAACGGCGAAGGAGACUGCAAGACACAGUAGUCGAGUUUUGAAGUGCAUUGUCUGUAUUUUUAUUAAAUAAUAGUGCUGAACGGGGAUCAUUCAUUCAUUUCAUUUAUACCCUGCCACAAUUCUACAGAACUCUUGGCAGAUUACGAACAUUAAAAUCUGCAAUUGAAUAAUAUCUAAAAACCUAAAACAAAACCAACUGGAAAAUGCAAAAAUCCAAAAAGAGCCUCUUAAGGAGGGAAUAUAUCAGUCUCUUUAUGGCUCCCGGUAGCACCUAUUCUGGUAAGGAGGCAUUGGUAAUCUUCCAGAUCCAGGGUAUAAGGCCCACCCACCCCUAAUUAUCCUCAGUAUGGCCAUGUGGCAGUGGCACCUAUGCUUUCCAAGCUGCACUGGUUACCAGUUUGUUUCUAGGUGCAGUUCAGUGUGCUUGUUAUUGGAGAGACUAUGGUAUCGACCCAGCUGAUUCAAUCCAGCAAAGUUAAUGUACUAAAUGUUCCUUUGAUCAACCAAUGGGGGCCUUCAUAACCAUAUUGGAACCUCAGGAUCAUGUCUUCUGUCAUGGCACCUGCAUUCCAGAAUGUGGUUCCUCUUGAGAUCCAGAGGGCUUCCGUCCUGAUAGCAUUCUGGCAGGCCUUAAUGACUUUGCUGUGCUCCCAAGCUUUGGACUAGGGUGAUUGGAUCCCCUUGCUAGGUGUAUGAUACAUAUUGUUGACCAGAGGUGCUACCUUGUUUAUUGCUGUGUCUCUUUUUGCAUUACAUAUUUGUUGUAUGGUUUUAUCGUUGGGCAGCCCAGAAUCAAUUGGAGUCUACAUUGAUAUAAAUAAAUAGCUAAAGCAGCUGUGUGGGACAGAGGUCCAGACCAUAGGUAACAGAGGGCAUCUUGGAGAGCAUGUAAAGCAUCCCAGUUAACCUGGCAAGACAUUCCAAUCAAAUCGCUAGACAAUACCAAAGCAGUCAAGAGAAUCUGAACAAACCUAUGGUAAAAUGUUAUGCUAACUGGUCACCACAGUCACUCUUGCAACUGGCUCCUUCUCCAAAGGGAAUUAACCAUUCUGCAAAGAGCUUCUGGAUGACAACAUGCCAAUGCAACAAGAGAGAAGUAGGAAUGCUUCAUUCUCUUAUAUCUGUGGAGCAGACUCAAAUCUGGGCACAUAAUUGUGCUCAAUUUCAUUCUUGAUACUCCUUCACCUCCUCUCUGGGCACUGCUGCCUCAACUCCCGCUGACAGUCCAAAACCCAUCAGCCACCAAGGAUAAGCCCAACAGCAGCUGCUUAGAAGCGGUUUCACUGAGGGCUCAUGAGGGCUUGUUGCCUAUGUUGAGAGUAGCAAAACAGGCACUUGUAGACUCACACAUCACAUCUUUGAGAAAAUCAAGUACCCACCACAAACUACCCAGAUCCAAAAGUGCCUGGAGUGGAUCCUCUGAAUGGGCAUCACCUUGGAAGUCAUGGUAGCCAUCAAUUUAUGCUAGACCAGAAAGUUAUCUGACCAUGACAAGGGAGUAAUAGUCAUACUCUCCAUAUCCAGAUCUACAGUGGUCCAAAGCAAAAACUAGCUGCUAUAUGUGGACAAGCCCAUAAUACCAUGAAAUGGUCAGCUUGAUACCUGUACCAUAUUAUGGUACAGGUAUGUAGCAGCUACACUUCCAUUCCACACAGUUUGCUCACCUCAUGUAAGAGCUGGUAUGAGCCCAACUCCUAAACUAAAACUUCACCUGUUAACCAAUCUACCCAUGGAGUCAGCAGCCUGGCCAAACCCCUAAUCACUUAGUUCACUUAAACUUAGUGACCGCUUUGUUUAAAACAAGAUUGUUGAUUCCAACUGUGGUUGCUAAAUCUAAUCUAGUAUACCCCUAUGAAGAGAAGUAAAUAUAAUACACAGACGUUCUCCCACUGUCCUGGGUACUAUCUCUUUAUCUCUCUGAUCCUUCUCCUUGCUGGGAAUCAGUAUUUAUUCAUUCCACUUGGCUCUCACCUGAGAGACUGCCCAUUCUAGUUACUGGAGAAUAAAUUUCCCAUAUACACUGCAACAGCAGGAUAUUACCAGCAAGUGCAUCCAAAACAUUGGUAGCAUAGGAGUUCCCCAGGAAACUACACUCACCACCUUAGGCCUAGCAAAACUAAACUGCUCUUAGGUAUAAUGCCAAGACCCCUUGCCCAACUGCCAGCACCCUGAAUGCAUCACAUUCUGUUUUCAGCCGCUGGCCACUCUUAGCCACCACAAUGGUUGCUUUGUGUAAAUAAUCCAAGACCUAAAAUCCCCUCCUGCCAGUUCACUGAAGCCCUUCAAUCUGGCCACUUAAUGGAGAAGGGCCUUCCCGGGAAUUUCAAAUCUAGUCCCAUCAAACUAGUUUCCCUCCAGUACAGUACCAUGAUCCUCCCUGUUGCUUUAAGGCUGGGAGGUCAAGAAUAACUCAAAAGUUCUGUUCCAUUUUUGCCACUGUCAACACUGCCAUACCUGGAAAUCCAUAAAUCAAUCUCAGUGCCACCUGCUAAUAUCUGCUUUUAAAGUUUGUUUACACAAUUAUAAUAGCCACCUUUUAUACCAUAGUAUGUGACUUGUCUUACGUUUUUAUUAUUUAUACUAAACCUACUAGGUUUAUCUGUUUGAAUUUGAAUCAUGGACAGUGAUAAGCCUUUCCAAAUAUUUUGUUUUAAAAUAGAUUUUCAUGAUAUUGUCCUUGUUUCCCAAUCCGUCAUGUAUGGAAGAAUAUUCAGAGUUUAUAUUCCAAUUUUGUUGAUUUCUCAUUCUACUAAAAAAAAAAUCCUUUUGUCUCAAUUACACUGAUUUAUAUUAGUCAUUAAUGAAAUAAAGAAAUGUUUGUGUUUCAGACAUUUUUUCAUUCAAUUCUACAAACAGAACAUAGUUCUGUCUUACAGACUUCACCAUUUAACAAUCUAAUAAUUGCAAUUAGAAUAAAAAGUAAGAUGUGGGGGCAUUCCUGUUGGCUGUUUUGGCCAGCGGUAUCUAUUCCAGUCACAUAUUUUCAUACUGGCUUCUUAUUUUUAGUGUGUGUCCUAAUAAUUUCAUAUUUGAUGAUAUUCUUACUGUAAACAGAAUAUCCUAUUUAAACUCAUAUGUACAAGAAGGGGAAUGCAUUGUUCAGAAACACUGUAGGGCAGUGAUGGCUAACCUUUUUGCUGUUGUGUGCCAAAAGUGGGGGGAGCGCCGGGGGGGGGACGCAUGUGCAUAUCCACACCCAUAAUUCAAUGCGCCCCACCCCCGGGCAUGCGCGCAUGACCCCCCCUGCGCUCCUCCCACUUUUGGCACGCGAUGGCAUGGUGGGCUGGGUAGGCCCGUUUUUCACUCUCCCCAGCCUUCCCAACUGUCCCGGAGGCUCUCCGGAGGCACGAAAAUGGCCUGUUUCCCGAGUUCCAGUGGGCCUGGAAAGCCCAAAAAUCAGCUGGCUGCCGCACACAUGCGUGCUGGAGUUGAGCUAGGGCAAUGUUCACAUGCCCACCAAUAUGGCUCCGCGUGCCACCUGUGACACACAUGCCAUAGGUUCGCCAUCAUGGCUGUAAUGUUUACAACUAUCUUUAGAAAAAAUAAGUAUUAGUAUUCAUGGUAUUCCAUUUAUAAAUAUAGAUGUUUGAUGAGAGUGAUGACAGAAGUCAGAAUACCACCACAUGUUUUUGCAUCUUCUCUCAGAAUUAUGCAUGGCUAGAUGUUUUUUCAACAUCUAGCCAUUAAAUUUAAAAAAUCCUCCUUUACCUUCACAAUUGUUAUAAUUUUUCAGGAAUAUUUAUUCUCAGCUUGCUGUGUAUGUCAAAGAUAAGUAAAGUCAAUCAUGAUACUGAAUAAAAGGCAUCAAGUCAAAUGUA